UGCAAAGUGUAAAGGACCACAUAUUUUACAUGCCGAAAAUGCCGCUACAAACAAACCCCCACCAACUACGACAGUACCUACUCCUACCAUGACCGCUACGAGGAGGAAUCAACCCAUCUCAUUAAAAGUCAGCAAAUGCACAAAGCACGCCGCACACCGCACAUACGCCUGCUCCUGCAAAACGACGAGCACACGACAGCGCAAAGACAAGAUAAUCCAUAAGAGCAGCAGAAGCGGCAAAAACGCCAGGUAUAUCCUUCGCCUACGCCUACGCCUACGCCUACGCCUACGCCUACGCCUUAUCCCACCUAUCCCAUCAAUUCCAUCCAUUCCACCACCCUACCCACGAACCCCCAUCCAAACCCUCAUGAAUCAACCAACCAAUCACCCAUCCAUCCAUCCCAUACCCACCCGAAAAAAAGCCCAGAAGAAAAGAAAAAAAGAAAAAAAGAUAAGAAGCGAAAAACAUCGCUUCAUAACCCCAUUUGCCGUGCAGCAUUAGUGAAACGAAAAACGAAAAGCUCAAGAAAAAAAGGGCCGCUAAAAAAGGCCCCAAACAGAGCUUGUGAACCGAAUAGAAGAAGAAGAAGAGAAGAAAACCCACGCUUGCUUGCUUGCCUGCUUGCUUGCCCAACAAUGUCAUGGUCAAAGCCAAAGCCAAAGUCGAAAAGAAAAAAAGGGGUUGCACCGAAAAAUGAAAUCCACGAAAAAGCAGAGAAACAA